UUUUGCUCUUUUCUUGCGAAAUAAAGACUUGUUUUUGUACUUUUUGCACUGUCCUACUGUGUGACUCCUGAUUGAAGUGCAUAUGGAGUCUAUGAUGGUGGGUCGGGAAUAGUUUGCCUUCAUAAUAAGCAGACUAUACGCAUAAUGAUUAUGUGGUGUGUAGCUUUACUGCAUGCUCACUUGUUUGGUAUAAUGCCAAAUUCUAAUAAGACAAGUACGUUAUUUAUGUUCGUCUUUAUUGUGUGCCUCUGCUCCACAGGGCGAGCCCUCACCGAUGAAGACUACCUGGUACUGUCCUCUGGAUCUGUCCACUGUGGUGGAGGAAGAGGAGGAUGGAGUGAUCUACACAGUGGUCGUCAAACAGCCGCCUGGAGGCCCCACCAGUCCAAUGUCAGGAGUUUCUCGCUCCCAGUGUGUUAAAGCGGGGACAGAAGAGAAGCUGGUGCUCCACCUCCUCCACUCCUUUUCUAUGGGAGACUCCUCCUUCAUCACCAUCUUCCUCUCCACCUACCGCUCCUUCACCUCCACAGAGAGAGUGCUGGAUAUCCUCACUGACAGAUUGGAGAAUCCACCAGGGAACAGCGUGAGGAGCCAGACGAGACAAUCUUUCAACAAAGCGGUGUGUACAGUAUUCAGCACAUGGCUCACAGAGUAUCCUGAAGACUUUAAGAGUUUGGGGGACCCCUCGCGCCUGCUGCGCCUGGCUCCGCUGCUCCCUCGGGACUCCUCCUCUGCAGCCGACCUCCGCGCUCGCUUCCUCAGGAUAGCCGAGGAGCUCAGCGAGAAAGCCCUGCUCCCUGACGCCCAUGAAGAUCGGACCGGUUUCACCGGCCCCCCUGACGCCUCCAAAUUCGAACCCACCAGCGUCCUGGGAUUCCCUGCAGCGCUCAUCGCUGAGCAGCUCACCAGGAUAGAGACGGAGCUGUUUGUCCGUCUGGUCCCGUACCACUGCCUCGGCUCCCUGUGGUCUCAAAGGGAUAAGAAAGGGAGGGAAGGCGUUUGCUGGUCCGUCCGGGCCACUGUACGUCAGUUCAACAAGCUGGCCAAUGCGGUUUUAGCGUCCUGCCUUUGCCCCACGAAGCUCCGCAGCCAGCAAAGAGCUCGACUGCUGGAGAAAUGGAUCAGCGUGGCAGAGGAGUGCCGAGCCAGAAAGAACUUCUCCUCGCUGUACGCCAUCGUGUCUGCCCUGCAGAGCAACCCCAUCCACCGGCUGAGGAAGACGUGGCAGGACACUGACAGGGAGGCAAUGAGGAGAUAUGAGGAACUGUCAGAAAUAUUCUCAGAGAAGGACAACUACUCACAGAGUAGAGAGCUCCUGAAGGAGGAGGGCACGUCAAAGUUUGCCAACAUUGACAACAGGCUCAACAAUAAACAUCUUAAUAAGUCCAAUGCCCAGGGCACCGUGCCCUACCUGGGAAUCUUUCUCACAGACCUCACCAUGCUGGACACAGCAGUCAAAGACAGGCUUGAUAACGGCUACAUCAACUUUGACAAAAGGAGGAGGGAAUUUGAGGUCUUAGCUCAAAUCCGGCUCCUGCAGUCUUCCUGUAAAAACUGUGUUUUCAGCACUGAGGAGUCCAUCAUACAGUGGUACCACAGUGUGCCUACGCUAACAGAGGAGGAAAGUUACAGACUGUCCAAUGAAAUUGAAGCGCCCAGCGAGCCGAGCCCCCGUGUCCUUACUCCAACAGUCAUCAUCACACAGUGCCCAGACCUGAGCACCUCCCGGACCAGCCUGGCUGGUGACAGCGAAAGCCUCUUUGAAUUUCCCUCACCUGUCAAUAACCUGCUUUCAAAACUCACAAAGCAUAUGAGAUCUCCAUCUGUGUCCUGUCUGGAUGUUGACACAUCCCCUCCUAGCAAUGACUCCACACCCGCCACAUUGACUCCGUCCACUCCCACAAAAUCUCACCGCCGAUCGGCCUCCUGCGGCAACAACCCCCCCAAUAACAUCCAAGGGUCUGGGCCCGACAUGCAAAUCAUCAGGAUACGGAUGGACCUGCAGGACGGAAACCUAUACCGAAGCAUACUGGUUACGAGCAAUGAUAAGACCCCCGCGGUGAUCAGCUCUGCCUUAGAAAAGCACAAUCAGGACCCCAAACAGGCGCCCAAGUAUGAGCUGAUCCAACUUCUGCCUGAAGGAAAAGAACUGGUCAUCCCUGCUACAGGAAACGUCUUCUACGCCAUGACAUCGUCUAGUGUUGACUUCCUGUUGAGAAGGAAAGGCGGGAACACUCCUAUUGGCUCACAGCCAAUCAGCACAGAGACGAGCGCCACAUUUCCUCGAAUAAAGGCCAAGGGGAGGAGACUGGUCAGGACUCUAUUUUGAUAUCAGAUUUUCCUCGGCUUUGUCCACAGUGACAUUUUUCUCGUAGCCCUGACACGAAUGCAGCGCGAUCGCUCACGGACAGUAAACGUGGCCUUCUCUGUGCAAAACAAAAAUCUACAAAUGCCUUUGUCCCAUGCUCCUCAACCAAAACUCCAAGACCAAGUUUGUCAGAAAUUUCAGACCUCCUGCUGCCCUUCCGUCUUCACCAGAGCAGCCUGCUGAUGAAGAACAGUGUCCGUUUUCUUCUUUUUUCCAAAAAAUAUGCAUUUCUUAUUUACACCCAAAAGUAGAGCAAUGGAAGCCUUUAACUGGUGCUUUUGGUGCUGGCUCUCGACCCCCAGUCAGGUAGCACUUGAUGCAUCUUUUUCAUUCCGACUCGAUGAAUAAGAUCUCUUUUAAUCACCAACAAGAAAUCCCUUGUUGCCGUGUGCCUCAGCCAUGAGUGAUGCUUCCAAAUGUAAAAAGGAGAUUGAAUUGGUCAGAACGCGUUUUUCGGUGAUCACCCAUGAGGCCGUCGAAGGAUUUAAGACUGUUUUGUUGACUGUUAGUUUGUUUGGGGGGGAGUCACAAUGCAAUCUAAUCUGGUUUUCCGGUAAAAAGCACACAUCAGGAAGACACAUGGAUGGAAAAAGAUGCAGAGCAAGUGCAUCAUUGUAGCAAAACACUGGAGCUUGUCAUAUGUGAAUUACACUUAUACAUAUGCUAUAUUUGUAUAUAUUUAUAUAUUUCGUACAUCUGUGUGAUGCCAACAUUGUGUUUACACUGGCAAGGAGCUCUCUGUCCAUAUGUCUGAACUGUCCAGUAACUAACUGAUCAAGGAAAAAAAAAAAAAAAGCAUCAAAUACCUGCAAAGUUUCCAUUUUACACAGGCCAGCAUCUGUCAACAGACAGUGAGUGAUUAUUUCAGAGGUGACUCAUGCAGAUAUUAAUUUCACCUUAAACUUAAAACUGCAUUAAUCAAUAUUUUUCUAUUAACAUUGAAUCAAACGACUAUUUGUAUUGUGAAGGUGAAGGAGUUGUGAUGAACCAACUCUGCAGCUCAAGUGAGAUUUUUAGCCCCUUUUGGCUAAUUGUUUUUGUUCUACAGCCCAAAAAAGUCCUUUAUGGUUCAUUGUUACCAUUAUCGACACCUUUUCCAGCAACAGCUGUUUUCAUCAAAGAAAAAAAAAAAAAAA